AUGAUAUAUCGGUGGUGUUGAGGAUCUGAGAGCUGAUAACUAAACUCAUACGCGGCGCAAAGUUUGUUUUUCUGUUUUCCUGGUAAUGGGAGUUAAAAACAAGCUCGGGGUGACGUAGCGUACUUCCUCCUGCCACCACAAGCCAAACCCAGCAACCACCUCUAUGACGUCACAACAGCUGUCCCACGACUCACGUGUGGCUGUCGAGCGGGUGUGCGGGGAUUGUAGUCCUUCAUUGCUAUCUCGGGAUCACGAAAGCUUGAUCGUGCAAUCGAUACACCGGAUAACACAAGCGCCUGACACUAAUUAAGAGGACGACGCACUUGUAAUAGGCAUCUGCCUACGGGGUGAGCACCAGGUAUUCGGCGAAUCGUGUUGGGAUCCACACAAGCCUCCGAUCGAACUACAGUUCCCAGAAGAUCGCGCUUCCGCACUGCUGGGCUGCCUUUGUCGCGAAGCGACUUCAGCAGCAGACCGCAGCCGCUAGCCGAGCGAGGAGGGGGUUCAGACUGUGCCGGACAUCCGCUUGCCUGUUUAUUUUGUUUUAAGUUUUUGUUUCCCCUAAAAGAGAAAAAGAGGGCUCUGUGAGCUCAGCCCGCUGCCUGUGAAUCUCGGAUCGGGCGGACCAGUCGCGGACGAGUCGAGCCGAGCCAGGCGCCUCGGACGCGGGUUGGGUCUCCGAGCCUGUGCGGCCGUGCUGAGCCCGGAGUGAGAGCAGACGCGCAGGGUGUGCUGCUGCCGGGGCCAGAGGCCGGCCUGCUCCCGAUCCCCGUUGCCAGAGCGCUGCAGCCGCGGCGGCAUGGCGCAGCACGGCCCGGUGGCGAGCUCGCAGAAGGCGCUGAUGCUGGAGCUGAAGAGCCUGCAGGAGGAGCCCGUCGAGGGCUUCCGCAUCACGCUGGUGGACGAGGCGGACCUCUACAACUGGGAGGUCGCGAUCUUCGGGCCCCCAAACACCCACUACGAAGGGGGCUACUUCAAGGCUCGCAUCAAGUUCCCCAUCGACUACCCCUACUCCCCACCUGCCUUCCGCUUCCUGACCAAGAUGUGGCACCCCAACAUUUAUGAGAAUGGUGACGUCUGCAUCUCCAUCCUGCACCCCCCUGUGGAUGACCCCCAGAGUGGGGAGCUGCCCUCCGAGCGCUGGAACCCCACACAGAACGUCAGGACGAUCCUGCUCAGCGUGAUCUCGCUGCUCAACGAGCCCAACACCUUCUCGCCCGCCAACGUGGACGCCUCGGUCAUGUACAGGAAGUGGCGGGACAGCAAGGGCAAGGACCGCGAGUACACCGAGAUCAUCAGGAAGCAGGUGCUGGCCACCAAGGCAGAGGCGGAGCGGGACGGCGUGAGGGUGCCCACCACGCUGGCGGAGUACUGCGUGCAGACGCGGGCGCCCGCCCCCGACGAGGGCUCCGACCUCUUCUACGACGACUACUACGACGAGGACAUGGACGAGGAGGAGGAGGACUGCUGCUAUGACGAAGACGACUCGGGGACGGAGGAGUCCUGACGCCCCACCGGCACCGACCUCUCACCUCCAACCCCCCGACCCCUAUGGACUAAGAACUUGCCCCCCUGCACAGCUGCCCCAGUUUUUAAAAGCUUCAGUUCUAAAGACUUCUGAACCAGUGCUUUGGGUUUCCCGGUUCUGUGUGUGUUCUGUAGUUUGAGGAUCCAACUCUCGGCUCCGGUUUCCGCAGGGCUUGUGUCCCGAGCUCGGCUCGGAGUGGUCCGGAAUUCUUGUUGGGGAAACACUGGUGUUCCUGAUAUUGACCACAGGCCCUGAGGGAGAAACCGCUCGGAAACUGGUAGUGUGUGGUGAGGAGGAUUUCUCACUGCGGGCUGAGGACUCCUUGCAAUAUAGUUGUGGUUUAUUUUUGCCUUUGUUGCCUUUUAUAAUCUCUAGUUUUUCCACCAGAAGGCUCCAGAGGAUCCCAUUCCUUCAUGUCCGCUCCGCUCCUCUGCGACGGGCUCUCCUGCCGCAUGCUCGCUAGGUCGGGGGGGUGUUGGCUCUUUGUUGGCUCAGCAGGAACGGAGUGCAGAGGGAUUUGGGAAUGGGACCCUCCUUUUCCUCCUCUCGUGUGGUGAUGGCUCACUCAUCUGUAAAAUCUGAACUUGGCAAUCGUAGAUCAGUGUAAAGGGUAUUUUUUUAUUCCUGUUCUUUUUCAAGCGCCAGCCCCGUCUCUCGUCUGCUGCUCCUGUUGCGCUGAGUGCAGCUCGUCGAGAGGCCGUGGUGGGUGGAGCUCGGUGACCUGACCGGAGGUCCGAGUGGAAAGGGCAGUACAGCCUGUCCAGCGGUUUCCCCUCCGUGCGCUUGGCAGCAGGGCGCAGGGAUGGGCUCUGGGUCUGAUUUGUGUGGCUCCUGGGCAGCCUGGCGAGAGGGGCACACGUCUCAAACUGAAUGUGAAGCCGUUUUGCUCUGUCUUCAGUGAUCCUUCUCAAGUUUUCUUUUUUGAAUGAGCGAAUAAUUUUUUUUAAGGCUGUUUUAGAUGCUCAGGUCUCUGGGUGAUUGUGGUUUUGUCCUUUAUCUUCCCUGUCCUUUCUUUUAACUUCCUGGGAAAGCAGCCGUGCCAGGUCGCGGAGCGCCCUCUGCUGUCGGUGCUCGGCCCUGCGCCAUCUGCCUGCCGGCUGCUUUUCUCCCUUUCCAAGACUGUUUACACUUCCCGUCCAUGUGCCCGUGUCGAGAUUUUGGACGAUCGCUUGUUUUCCCUGUUUGUAUUUUUUUCUUAUGUUUUGUAAAUCUAUUUAAAAAUGGAAAAUAAAUCUUUAUUAGAACAGCU